AUGGCCUCCCUCGCACGCUCUUGCCGGCCGAUUGCGUCCACCCUCCGCCAGUCCGCCCUCCAGCAAAAUGCGGCGUUAAGGGUUGCUUCCUUCCACACCACCAGCAAGAAGGCUCUCUUGCCUGUCGGUCCUCAGGUCAUCAACAAGACAGUCAACGACCCCACCUCGUGGCGUGAUGGAGACCCGGCCCACGGCUCCUACCACUGGACCUUCGACCGUCUCCUCGCUCUCGGCCUCGUUCCUCUGACCGUCGCGCCCUUCGCCGCCGGCUCUCUCAACCCCGGCCUCGAUGCCGUCCUCUGCGCCACCGUCCUCGUCCACAGCCACCUCGGCUUCCAGAACAUCGUCGAGGACUACGUCCCCAGCCGAACCUACCCCAAGUCCCGCAAGGCCUGCAACAUCGCCCUCGGCGCUGCUACUCUCCUCGCCGGUGUCGGUCUCUACGAGUUCGAGACGAACGAUGUUGGUGUCACGGAGGCCAUCAAGAGGGUGUGGAAGGCGUAA